AUGAUAAAAAUCUCAGCUGCCCUUUUCACACUCCUACUUUUCUCGUUGCAGUUAAUUUUAUUAGUGGAGGAAAGGAAAAACAAAUAUUGUGAAUGUGGAUCGGAAUAUCAUGCAAAUUUCAAACAUCUAGAAUAUGGAAAUGUUUUAAAUUUAUUAUCCCGAAGCCCAGAACUUAAUCUACUCGGAAACUUCUCCCUCUCUCCUCAAUACAUCAAGUGGAUGACAGAAAUGAAACAGGAAAUAUUUGAGGAUUUUGUACAAUCAUUUUCUAAUGAGCAAUGCUUGAAUUUUCAACAAGAAUUUUGGUAUUUGCAAUCUUUUGAAAUUGUGAAGGGAAGUUUUUUAUUUCACACUUAUAAUCAGGAAGAGGAAAGUCAAAUGUACUUUCCAGCAUCAAGGGAUGGUCAAUUUAUGUGGGAUUUAGUGAAGGUUUGGAUGGGACUUUUAUUUGAAACUCGUGUGAAAAUGGGACAUUUACCAAGGGAAGAAAUUGAGUAUUUACAUGGUUUGAAUUUUGAUGAUUCUGUUUUGAAUUCAAUUAUGAAUUCUAGAAUUAUUUAUAAUUUUCAACAUUCUCCAAACAAAUUGAAUUGGUACAUUACAGGAAAGAGAUGGGAAUUGAAUAUUUCACCAUCCAUGUUAAAGACAAAGACUGAACUUCCUAAAACAACAAGUUUGAAAAUCAUGUCAUAUAAUAUUCACAACUAUGAAGGAAAUUGGAUUAAGAGAUUGAUGAAAAUGAUCAAAGUUAUAGAAAGAAAUCAACCAGAUGUCAUUUGUUUCCAAGAAGUUCGACUAGAUGAAAAGAAGGAUUUGAAAAAGCUCAAUAAUUUCCAUGAAUUUAUAUUUGAAGAUGAAUAUCAACUCAUUCACAUCAAGAAGGCACUCUCACAAUUGGGCUAUAUUCACUAUCACUCAAGACCUGCCAUGAGCUACGUGCAACCCUUCUACAUGGACGUUCCACCAACAAUGCAAGAGGAAGGUCUUGCAAUCUUCUCCAAAUAUCCAAUCAUUGAGGCAGAUUACACACUCCUCUACAGAGAUUUAUCAGAUUCUUCCACUCACCAAAGAAUUUGUGUGCGGGCAAGAAUUUUAAUUCCACACAUGAACUCUUUCAUCACUGCUGAUAUUUUCAAUACUCAUCUCUCAUUGAAAGAACAUGAGAGAAAUCAAAAUGUUUUGGAUAUUAAUCGAUUUGCAAAUUUGAAUGUGGAAUCUAGUAGUAGCAGUAGUGGAAAGCCAACUAUUCAAGUGGUUUGUGGAGAUUUCAAUUUGGAACCUCAAGAAGCAGCCUAUUCCAACAUGCUUAUUGAUGGAAAGUGGACUGAUUCGUAUAUUUCUAUGAGAAAUUCACUCUCGCAUACUUCAAAACUCUUAGACGAAUUUACACUCGCCAAUGAGCUCACAUUCAGCACCAAUGGUGAUUACAAAAAGAGAAUUGACUAUAUUCUAUUCAGAGAUUUCGGCUCCAGUAUUGUAAACGUUUCGAAUUUCAUCAUUGAUGGAAAAGCAAGCGAAUAUCACUAUGAAAAUGAUCCAUACAAGGCACCAAGCGACCAUCACGCCGUUGUAACAGAAUUUACAAUCACCAACUAA